AUGGCAGCGGAACAAGCUCGCAACUCCCGGCCGAAGGCCACAAAGAUUGACUCUAGCCGAAUGUCACUAGAGGAACUGAAGGAAGCAGAGGAAGUGAAGGAAGCGCUGGCCGCGAAGGAGAAAGAGAUGAUCGCGCAGGAGGAGGCGAUGGAUGCAAGAAGAAGGGAGCAAACUGUUUCCGUCAGUGACUUCCUGAAGGAAUUCACUCGAUGGAAGGCUGAGAAAGCGGAAGAAGAGGCGGCUGGAGGCAGUGAGGAAGGAGGCCAUGAGCAGCGAGCCGGUUGGGACUUGAGUGACGAACCUGAGAUGCCUCGAGAGGGUCAUGCGGCGUUGGAGAGGAAUCUGCGGGGUGAAGAGGGUGUUGGGCAUGCUGUGCGCCGGAUGGAUCCAGACGAGGGAGCGGAGGCUGUUGUGCGGAGAUUAGAUCUCACCAGGUGA